AUGAUGGUUUUAUUCCCUAAUAAUUUAGCUUCCUGCAAAUACGAACAUAAAUUUAAUGAACAAGUCGAUUUAAUUGUGGACAAAGGUGAUGUAAAAAACUACGAUAAUGAUAAUAUUGAGGAGAAAAAUAUUUUGAACGAUAACAAAAGUAUAAAUUCUGAAUCUGAUCUUGAAGAAGACACGAAUGAUGGGGUAAUGUUAAUUGACCAAAACAAAGAAUUGAUAGAUCAAGUAAAAAUUGUUGCACCUGGGCAAGGAAAAACACCUGUUCGAUUGCAUAUGAUAGAAGACAUUGACGAAUUAUGCUUUCCAAAGAUUUUUGGGGGACAUAAAUUAAAUGUGCCGAAAUUUAUUACAUAUAGUGAUCAAACCAAAUCAUAG